AUGACCGACUCAUUUCAAAUUCCUCAACCUCGUUACUUAUGUCGCACCCGAACCUUCCCAGAAUCAACUAUGGGGAAGUUUGAUCAUAUUAAUGAACUUCUGGGUGCGGAUUCCUACCCAAGUUGGAGAAGGGCCAUCAGACUCGCACUAGUGGGAGAAGGACUCUGGAACCACUGCAGCAGUGGUACAGAUCCUAAUGAUAUAGCUGAGUACACGAGCUCCAUGCCAAAACCUGUCACAGCAGGGCAACCAACCGCGGACGAGUUGAAAUUAAUGAAAGAAUGGAUUAAAGAAGAUGCCCAAAUGAAGGCUAUCAUUGGGCAUAAGCUCUCACCAAUCGUACAGAACAUCCUUGAUGAAGGACUCUUGGCUCGAGACCAAUGGGAGAUGCUCGUGAAGAGAUUUGCGCAUCUUGACAUGACCUUGCAGUACGAAUUAUGUUCUCAAUUAUUCAUGGAAAAAUUGAAAGAUGCUGAGGAUGCCACUCGGUACCUCGGAGUCUUCAAGAAUGGUUGUCGUCGCUUUGCCGAGAUGCAAAUCGCCUUCAUGGACGAAGAAGCCAUUUUUAUGUUACUUAAUGGUCUUCCUGACACCCCCCAAUGGGUAGUCUUUCGCAGUCUAACCAUUGGGUUGUACAGCUCCGCAAAUGUCAUCGCUUCAUCAUCAUCCACAACAACGACCUCUCCAACCACGACUGUUUCAUUUGAGCAAGUCGCCACAUCCUUCACGGAGGAGGCGAAUCGUCAGCAGAGUCAUCUGAAGAUGGCUCGCCCUGGUUCUGAAUAUACGAACGUCGCUAACGCAGCGUCCUGGGGGCCCGAUCGCAGAACGUCCAAUCUUACCACCGGUGUUCGCAUGCACAAACAUAACCCAAAAGGGUUACCUUGUGACAAUCCGGCCUGUGCAGGCCUCCCGCGCUCAUUGACUCACAAUCAAGUUCAUUGCCUCCAGCCAGGGGGUGAUAUGGAGGGCAAGGCACCUUGGGCACAACAGAAGGGGAAGCCUAAGAAGGACGUCUCAGCUUCUGCGACCGAGACGAAGGCAAACGAGGAUGCACCUGCCGCUGCCACCACUCAAACGGCAGCAUCUGCUGUAACAACAGAAUUGCAGCACCGUCAGAAUCUCUCAUUUGCCAUCAUCGAAGAAGUUGAUCAAGAUUACUCACAUCUUGCGCUUUGCUCUACCUCCACAAUCCUUGAAUCUGGAACAACCUCCACCCUCAUCAUGGAUCGUGACGUUUUCUGGACGUACUCACAGAACUCUUUCGUCAAGGUGAAGACUGCCAAUCAUGGCUAUCUGUCAACUUCAGGGCACGGGGAUUGCAUGGCAGACUUAGUCAUCAAUGGGAACUCUUUCAGAAUCAGAUUCACAGACUGCCUCCACGCCCCUGGUGCAUAUAUCAACUUACUCUCCAUCUCUCGCAUGCUGAAGAAAGGCUGGGCCUGUCACUUUCAACCAUUCCCACCGUGCUGUUAUCUCACUCACCAGGGGAAGCUGUAUGGCACUAUCCCUGAGGUCGGUGACCUCUUCUUGGUCAACCUCAAAUCGCCACAUUCGCUCGUGUCGCAUUGA